GCCCUUCCAAGCUGUAUUUCUUCCAUGUUUGGAAAUUCGGAAGCAGCUGUCCUUCCAUACCCUCAGCUUUCUCUUCUUCCUCAUUCAUACCAAUACACAUUCUCUCUCUAAAUUUGAAACAAAAAUUAAACCCUUUAAUUAAAUUUUUUUUUUUAAAUACAGAAAGAUCAUGACAACUCUGUUCCAGAUCAUCUCUCUCCAUCAUCAUCACCCUCUCCCCGAUCACAAUUUCAAACCCAAAACCCUCCUUUUCCCUAUUCUUUAGUUCAUCUCUCAAAGGAUUGUAAUUAUCACUCUCUUUUUUUCGCGUUUCAUUCUUCUGUGUUGUAGUUGAUGGUUGGAAUUUGAUUGAGGAGAAGCAGAGUUUGAAAAUUCCGUUGAUGAUUCGCCUUUUCGGCUUUUCCCCACCACCACCACCACCAUCAUAGUCCAUACACCUACGCUUUCUGUGCUCCCUUGUACAGCUGAUCCCUCCCCCCACCACACCUCUUUUUCUUCUGUUUUUGACCCACUACUGUUGCCCUCCACUUUCCGCCUCAAAAUUAGGGUUUUCUUUUUCUUCUAUUUCUUCGAUUUCUUUUUGAGUUUUAUUUUUCCCUUGCUGCCCUCUUUUUUCUAUUCCUGUUUUCUUGAUCUUCGUGCGUCGUGAUCUUUAUUGUAAAUUCAAAUUCAAAUCUCGGAAGCCUUUUUAUUUUUAGCAUCUCCCAAAUUUCGCCUGUGUAUAUAUUGCAGAAUUAAAUAUUUCACGGACAAAAAAUGGCUUUUCAAUCGCUUUCAGCCGUAGCUAGGGUUUUUCUAAGGUUUUCCUGUUAAAAUGAUACUUUCACUUCAUUGGAUCGACUUUAGUAUCACUUGAAUCGCCGUUUCACCCCUUCCGUGAUUAGUUUUUGAACCAAACCCCUUUUGUUCAUCCGAAGCUUUCUUCUCUCUGUUAGAAGCCAAAAAAGGAAGUCGCUUUAGUAAUUUAGUUUGAUAAAUUUGAGGAGGCGAUCAUGGCUUAUCAGCAGCAGCAGCAGCAGCCCAUGCCCGGCCCGAGCUCGGGCUCGGGGCAGGGCGGGUACCAAUAUAUGAAUUCUCCAUUUGGGGAUACCACUUUCACUAAGGUUUUCGUGGGAGGGUUGGCUUGGGAAACUCAGAGUGAGACGAUGAUGCGUUAUUUCGAGCAAUUUGGAGAGAUUCUCGAGGCCGUGGUCAUCACCGAUAAGAAUACUGGCCGAUCCAAAGGAUACGGUUUUGUGACUUUCCGGGAUCCAGAAUCAGCCAGGAGAGCAUGUGCAGAUCCUACACCAAUUAUUGAUGGGAGGCGAGCAAAUUGUAACUUGGCUUCACUGGGGAGACCUCGGCCAGCUAUUCCGUUUGGACGCCUUAGAUCUCCGGCACCUUACCUUGGAGGACAGCCUGCUGCUAGGGGUGCUUAUGUUGGAAAUUUUGGCUACCAGCAACCUGUUACAUAUGGAUUUCAGCAAGGCUUGAUGUAUUCUCCAUAUGGGGGUGGGCAUUCGCCUCGGGUUAAUUGGAAUGCGACCCAAACUGGUCUGGUCAGAUAUGCUGCUUACGGUCCUGAAUAUGCUUAUCCUCAGGGCGUUUACAAUCCUUAUGGAAAUCAGCAAUACCUUCACAUAUAUGGCAUGCCUGGAACAGUGGGCACAACUAUGUAUCCUUACAGUCAGUUAAGUCAGGCUGUCCCAGGAAGUCAUAAUUACACUGCAUUGCCCGGCUAUGCAAUGCCUGGCCAUCAGAUAGUACAGUUUGGUGGGCCCAGUGUCAAUGCAAUGACAACGACUUCUGUUCCAACUAUUCCAUCUCCAUAUCCUGCUGGUGUAGGAACACCUAUACCACAACAGCCACAAUUCUUACUACCUGCGCAUUCACCUCAAUUCAUGCCAGGUGGCGGUUCUGACCAAAAUGCUGGGUGAGGGUUUAAUCUAGGUUCCCUUAGAUUGCAGCAGGACUAAGAACAGCAGUACUGCCACUUAAUUGGCGGGCUUCAAAUCUUGCCUUGCAAAUUAUUCGCUUUGCAUUCUAGAGGUCUUACAUUGUCACGCUCACCAGAGAAGUCAAUGUCGGAGUCGCUCCCAAUGGUGGGGAGAGGAGAUCCAAAAACUUGGUGUAUGUUAAGACACUUUGUGUUGUGGCAAAAGAGUCUGUGGGCCGGAAUGGGAUUUCUGGCCUAGAAUGUGGAAAUAAUGACAUAUAUCCUUGUAAAAAGAAAAUUUAUGGUAGAAUCAACAUAUGAUUCUUUUAUAGUGAUUCCCACCAUUUUGGGUGUGUAGAUAGUCAGUCAGUCAGUCCCAUCCUGCAUUCUAUUCUAUGUAUUUAAUUACUCAGCUUCCAUGUCCAUAACACCACUUUUAGGUUCAUGUCUUGGAUUUUCUUAGAGCUUCACUUCAAAAUAUGAAACAAGAAGCUCAAGGUCUCUCUCUUUCUAUUAAACAAUGUGCUUUCUUAUAUUACUUUUUUAUAUAGGGAUCAUUCCUAGUAGUCUCUAGGGAAUCAA